ACGGAGGGUGAGCACAGUCAUUUCCCGCCCCUCGCCGCUCCCUCCCUGCUUGCCUGCCCAGCUUUCCCUCCCAUCACAUGAUUAACAGCUGGGCUUUUGCCUGGGAUUGCGCAGCUGGGGUGGGGAGCGCGAGAGGAGUGACGCGAGAGGAGUGGCAGCCAGGAGCAGCAGCAGCAGCAGAAGGGACAAAGUAUAAGAAGAAGGCGAGAGAGCGCAACAGUUGGGCCGCUGCGAGGCUGGGACUUUUUUCGACUUCGGGAGGAGGCAACUGAAAAGCACUGAGAUUCAAAAUGGGUCUUGACGGUGGCAUGAAGUGUAUUAAGUUCCUGGUAGUUUUCUUUAACUUAAUAUUCUGGGUCUGCGGCAUUGCUCUCAUUGCAUUGGGGGUUUAUGCUCUGGUCGGGGUCAACAAAACAGUAGUGGCAACCGGUGCUUCAGGCGCUCCCAUCGUUAUCCUGGUUGUGGGGCUUAUUGUGUUCUUCGUCUCCUUCUUCGGUUGCUGUGGAGCAUGGAAGGAGAACUACUGCAUGGUCACCACGUUUGCUAUCCUGCUGACUCUGAUUUUCAUAGUGGAGAUUGCAGCUGCCAUUUUUGGGUACAUCUAUAGGAAUCGGCUCAAUGGAAUUCUGGAUAAGCAAGUCAGGGAUUAUAUGGCAGUGUACAGCAAUGAUACACUCGCUAAGACGACUCUGGAUGAGUGGCAGUCGAAAUUUCACUGCUGUGGAGCCUCUAACUACUCAGACUGGCAUUCCAUAAAGACGUUUGAACCAUCGCGUGUGCCUGCGUCAUGCUGUGUGCAUAAUGACACUAGCUGCGUCAACAAUCAAACACUUGGAAACGUCUACGCUGAGGGUUGUGUGCCAAAACUGGAAGCCUUGGUGAGGAGCAGCAUUGUAAUUGUGGCUGGAGUGGCGCUGGGCAUCGCUUUCUUUGAGCUCCUGGGCAUUACCUUUGCAUGCUGUCUCAUGAAAGGAAUCCGCAGCGGCUACGAGGUUAUGUAGCGGCCUCUCUGUCCUGAACAUCUGGUUGUUGCAACAGCAAUCACACCACAUUUCUGCGUGUCUCCUUUUCCUGGGGGUGCAACUGGCAGGUUCCAAGGCUUUUGUGUGCCUGUGGGAUGGGGUUAGUGGGGUACUGCCUUCUGUUGCCUUUUUCAAAAAUAUAUGCUGCCCUCAAGUUGCCUUGACUCUCUCCCCACCCCUCUAAUAGGAAGAUCAAGCCCUUCAUUAGCUUGCCUUCAGAGCUGCAGCUUUCUAUCCUUCACCCCAACACACUGUUGAUGGUUCUUAAAAUGUACAUUGCCCCAUAUGUUAUACUCCUGCCACAUGGCAGGCAAAAGUAUAUUGUAUUCCCACAGAUGUUCUUGGUACCCUUAAUCAAUGCAGGCACCCUCCAACAGCUUCCCCCAAAUUCAACUUCCUUAAAGAUUUUCAGGCUAGAGCCGGAUAUCACACUCCUCUAACUUAGGGAUGCUCUUCCCCUCAUUUGCAAAGGCAAGUUCUUGAAUCACACAGGCAUUAUUGUUUGGGAAGUCAUGAGGAAUAUGAGAGAAUUGUAGGAUUUGGGUUUUUUAGCCAGUAAGUCUCACUUUUGGAAAAUAAAGACACUUGUUUCCCUUGA